AUGACCGUCGAUAAAAGAGGAGGUACAGCGCGAAAGGCGCCGCGCUCUGGCGGCCACCUUCCUGCGCGAAACGUACGGAUCGCCAGUGGGGCGCCGGGUAUCUUGGGCCAUGCUGCUGGCCAUGUCGACUCAACGCCUUCGUCUUUCACGCCAUCGACGGUCUGCAGUAUAGAUGGCGUCGACGACGGCAGUGUAAGCGCCAUGACGGCCUCCUCAGCGUCGACAGACUUCGUUCCCCAGCAGCCUGACCGACUCAAGCUGUCGCAAGCUGUCGCAGCCAUGUCGUCUGAGAGCUUAGAUUCUGCCAUGGACACGCCCGGCUCGCUGACAAGCGAUAGUCGCACCAGCAAGAGUAGCGGCCGCCCAGCGAACAUCACCCGCCGGCCGAACGUAAUCCGCAAGCACGCCUCGCAGCCAAACUUCGGCGCCGCUGGUCGCCGCCCGCAGACUGCGCCUCAGUUGCAGGCACAUGCAUUGCGGCCGGAAAGAAUGAUGCAGCGCACACAGACGCAAGUCGCUCCGGCCGGCCCCACGAUGGCGAUGCAACGCUCCUUUACGCAAAUGCAGCCUAACCCAGCUGCAGAGGCAGCUCCAGUGCUCACCACCGCCCAGCUGCAGCAGCACUUCCGCGUCGGUGGGCUGUACUCACACAAUGGCGAAGAGAUGAACUUCCUCCCUCCAGCCGUGCAGGAGCAGCACUUUUCACGUCUGCGCCACAGUCAGUCGGCCAUGAACCCGCGCGCACAGAUGAUGAUAGGCCCGUCCUUUUCCUUGAACGCGUCGAAUCGUGCAGACACAGCAGGCGCCGCCAUCGAUGCUACAGCUGCUAAUGGCGCGCCCUAUACUCUCUCUCGCUCACGCAAUGGCUCGACAUUCUCCAGCUUGUACGAUGGCGUGCACAAGAAAGCAGCAGCAUCAACAACGGCCAUGAUGGCUACGGUGAGCUCGGGCACCUCCGCUGCGGAAGGCAUCGAUGCCAUUGUCCCCAUGCGCAGCAUGCGCGGCAUGCGAGGCCUCGAGCAAGCUGAACGCGGAGAAACCAUGAUCAGCCUCGAUCGUCAUGGCGGGGGCUUUGAGACGGGCGAGCGAAUCAUGCCUGACGAAGUCAAGAGGAUGGAGGAGCAAGACGUUAUCAGUAGUCGACGCAAUUCGCAAGUCUCGACAGAUCUUGGCCCGCUUGACUCGGCUAGCAGCAUAGGCACGAACAAUAGCGCACUCGCAGACCGUGCUGGAACCGCGGCGAUGGCGAUGGUCAACAGCGGGAGCAGUGCAGGCCAAAGCAUGCUGCGCUCCUCGACGUCGCUGUCAGCACUUAGCUCUGCAUCCUCCCUCGAUCGACAGGGGACCUUGCUCAGCGCGAGCGCUCACCCUGCUCGCCGCUCCCGCGAGCUCAGUCGCGUGCUCGGAAACACAAGCAAGAAGCUCAACGACCCCGUUGAGCCACACUCGAGCUCCGACUCACUCGCCGCGGUAGCUACCUCUCAGGCCAUUCUCGAACACGGGCGCUCUGGCAAGGCUCGCGUUGAGCUCGACAUGCUGCUCGAGAGCGACCUAAUCGUCGAGGGUGGCCAGCUGCGCGGAAGAAUGGUGCUCAAGAUCCGCAAGGAUACCGACAAGGAAGGCGCCGUCAAACUCAUGCAGCCCAAAGUUCGCGUUGUCGGCUUUGAAGAGCUGAUUGGGGACGACAUCCGGUACAUUUUCUACCACCAAGCGGCCAUCGUCACCGCCGACGCGUCAGAGAGCUUCAUCCUGCAUGGCUCGCCAAUUUUCUCGGCGCCCGAGCGUGGCGGGCAGAAGCAUCCGAUCUAUUCGUCGGCGGCAGACGAAGAGGGCUACUUCACAGCCAAGGAAGGAGAACAUUUCAUUCCCUUUUCCCUCGACAUCCCUGUCGGCAAAGGGGCCAAGGGCACGUACCGUGGCAAACAUGCAUGCGUUCGGUAUAUUGCUAUCGGCUCCGUCAAGCUGAAGAGCGGCAACGACGCGAAUCGCUCAAUUGCGCACUUCUAUCGCCACAUAGACCUCUUCCCUUACCUCAACCCAGCUGUGGCACUUUCCAGUGCGCCAAAGCCGAUCCAGGCGUCGGUCAGCAAGGGUCUCUUCAUGGGCGGCCAGGGCAAGGUGCACCUCACAGCCUCGCUGCAUCGCAGCAAUUGGGUCGCCGGACAGCGCGUCUACGUGCGCGUUGGUGUUCAGAACGAGACGAGCAAAAAGAUCAAGAGCGUCACACUCGCCCUUCUUCGAACGCUCACGCUCUUCCGCCCGCGAGAGGAUCUAAAUCUCGGCCAAGGUGGACGCGACAUCGACCCCGAUGCAUGCGUCACGUCGACAAGCCGCAAGAAGUUGACGGAAGAGACGCUCGAGAUGGGGCAGCGCGGCGCAAACGGCACCGUCACGGCGCGCGGAUGGUGGACGGGUGUCAGCCCUGGUGGCUCGGUCGACUUUUCACACUCGAUGGCCAUUCCGCACGAUGCGCUCUCGAUCGUCCGGGGGCGCCACGUCGAAGUGCUUUACUCCAUCAAGGUCUCGCUUAGCAGCUCCAUGUCGUCCACCGUCUCUGUUGAGCUGCCACUCCGUGUGAUCAACUUUGUCUCCCUCGACCCUCCGCCUGGCAAAGUCACAACCGCCCAGCAGGGCUGGCAGCAGACCCCAGCCGCUGAGGCGCCUCUCAUUGACCGCGUGCGCUCCAUGGAAGUCCUCAAGAGCCCCGUCAAGGCCGCUGCUGCACCUUCCAUUCUUCCGCCUGCGUCCAUUGAGACGCUCGGCAGCUCUGCAGAGCCUGAUGACGAAGUGUCCCGCGCACGCCGUCUCCAGCACCAAAAGUCACUUGACUUCAUCCAGCAUGCAAUUCGAAGCGCUACGGCACGCCGCAUUGGCACCAUGCCAACCGACGAUGCAGAGCCAACAGGACUCGGGAUCGCGAUCGACGAUGAGGCACUCAACGAGCCAACCCCGACGCCCUCACAAACCUCGACCAUGUCGUACGAAUCUGCCAUGUCAAAGAACGCCAGCAUCAGCUCUGCUUCGACUGGGCCGCUCAAUCCAGCAUGCCUUCCGUAUAUCCACCCGCACGACCUGCCAGACAUCCUGGCCUCGCAGAAAGCUGUCGACAUUGACGAUAUGGACUCGGACGAAGAUGACGAAAUGGAAGUGCAGCUGAAUGACGAUUCGAUCGACGAGGUCGACAUUGUGCUUGGCUCGGCUCGCCUCGAAGAUCAGGUCGCUCCUGCAUUCGGUCUUAGUCUACAUGCAGCGAAGGAGGAUUACGGAGAUGAAGAGGAAGAGGAUCGUGAAGAGGACGUGGGAGAGACGACGGCUGGAACGAUCAAACCUGUCGCAAUCCUUGAGGCGCCACCCGCCGAGCUCGAGCAACGACAGCCGGUCGCAGAAGCACCAACACUCCCCCUGCCUCAGACAGAGGCUCCGAUUGCGUACAUGCAGCCGGAGAACUUGCAGAAAGAAGCCCCUCGAGUACUGCAGUCGGUACUGCCGACAAAGCCCGCUUCUCGCACUUCCCCAAAGACAAAGGCAGCGCUUCACACAGCUACGGCCACGGCUGCGCAGAAGCCUUCCUCCGUCUUGCCGCCUGUUAAGAUCGCCUCGCCAAAGCGAGCGUCGCCAGCGCAGCGGGUGUCCCCCACAGCCGCCGCUGCUCGGAUGUCGCGCACACAGUCUGGUCCUAAUCUUCGCAGUCGGAUCGCCAUGCUGGAAGCCGCUUCGCCUGCAAAAGUGGAAUUGAAGCAGAAGAAGAGCUUCACCUUUGCCACAGCCGAUGCUCCUGUCAAGACUCGAAGUUCGAUGGAAGCACUCAGAGCUAAAGUCCACCCGGAGCAGACAAAUACCCGCAAGGACCUCGCAGUUGCAAUCGGACAGCAAGAUGGCACACACAGUCAGUCGUCGUCCAACGCGCACAAGAAGACGCCUCAGCUCAAACACAAAAAGCCGUCGGGGCGCAACAACAGACAAGGACGCAAGGCUAGCGCUGAGUCUGCCAGUACGGGGUCGUCUACACCGGACAGCCAGGCUAGUUCCUCGCCGGGGUCUUCGCUCGGACCACUGGACUCUGCCUCUGUUGCUUCCUCAUCGCCUGCGAGCAGCAUCGUGAAGACGCCGGACACAGACUCUUCGUGCGCGCACGCGAUCGAGGUUGUCCAUGAUGGCCAGCAAGCGACAAGGGGUCUCGGCGCAUCCGCCAGCAAGGCACAGACGGGAGGCCAGGAGCGAGAGCACUCGCUGAGGGCGUUCGCCUCGCCGCAGAAGGUCGAUGUCACCUCGCGCACAAAUAUUUGGACCACCCCGCAGAAGCCUAUUGCGAAGCUCCGGGGCACAGUGAGCAUGGCCAACAUGCGCGGAUCGAGUGCUUCGUCGACGUCGCCUUCGGCUGCCAGCUCAGAGCACGGCGACGGAGGCGCGGGCCUCCCGCACAGCAGCAGCACACACAACCUGCGCGGCGCAGCGCUCGUCGUGCCGUCGGUGCGCAACAAGAUCGCCGCGCUCGAGAGCCGGCAGGCGACGCUACGCGAGCUUACCGGCGCUGGCGGCAACGACAGCGACUCUUGCGCCUCGACGAACACAACGCCAAAAGCGGGCAAGCGCCUCUCAACCACGAGCGCCGGGGGCGCGGCGCUAACGCCGACCGGGCGCGUCGCGCAGCUUGCAGCAAGCGCCGAGGCAAAGGGGAGCGCGCUGCCGCGGCGGCGGCCGCCAAUUGAUGGUGAUGGCAGCGGCAGCGUUAGCGGCUCACCGACCAAAGUGGGGAAAGCUACAUGUUCGGCUGCUGCGGCGGUGGGCACGCUCGCGCGCAAAGGAAGCGCACACUCCGUCUCGUCGUCUGCUGCUGGCGACAGGCCUGAGUACCUCCGCCGCCCACCGAGCGUGCUGAGCUUCAAGGCGCCGGUGUUCAAGCCUGCGCAUAUGCGCACGUGA